AGCAGUUUGGGCGACGUUCCCAGGAGUAGAAGCAGUUCGCGGAAGUGUUACGUUUAGACUUCCUUUUUGGUCUGGAGAAAAUCAGCCCGCAGGUCCUGAUGCCCCAGGAGCAAAAGGAUCAUGUGAAGGAGGAAGAAGUUACAAGAUGUGGUGUCAGUUUUUAUGGGGGCGCACAUGACGGAGACUGAGAUUUCUGAAGGAAACUAGAAGUAGAUUCAGGAGACACAAAGCUGAGUUUUCCCACUGCCAGCUGUUUCAGAGGCCAGAAAAAAUGAUCCAGGUCCAGGACAUCACUUCAUUUGAGAACACUGUUAUUAAGGAAUCCCUGACAUUUGAUGAUGUGGCCGUGGACUUCACCUGGGAUGAGUGGCAGCUCCUGGCCCCUGCCCAGAAGGACCUGUACCGGGAAGUGAUGUUGGAGAACUAUAGGAACCUGGUGUCAGUGGGUUUUCAUUCUGGCAAACCAGAUGCGCUCUCCAAGUUGGAUCCAGGAGACCCAACAUGGACAGGAAAAGAUGACAUCCCCUGUCGUACCCUUUCAGGAAUCUGGAAACUUGAUGACUAUUUGCCAGAGCACUUACAAACUGAAAUCAUGGAGAACAGCGUAGAGCGAUGGCACAAACAGAGAACAUUUGAAAGUAAUGUUCGUCAGAGCACAGCUCGUUUUGUGUUAAGGCAAAAUCAUGAUAUGUAUGACUUACAUGGAAAAAUUAUAAAACCAAACUUAACUUUACUUCACCAGAGCAGAAGGUGUGAGAUAAAGAACCCUGCAGAUCUUACUGGAGAUGGGAAAUCCCUUCUGCAUGCUAACAAUGAACAAUUUCAUCCUAGAACUAAAUUCCCUGAGAGCAGGAAACUCAUCAAUACUAAGUCCCAGUUCAUCAAGCAUCAGAAAACACAAAAAACAGACAAGCCUCAUGUAUGCAGUGAAUGUGGGAAAGCCUUCAUCAAGAAGUCCCGGCUCACUAAUCACCAGAUCAUUCAUACAGGAGAGAAACCCCACAGGUGUAGUCUGUGUGGGAAGGCGUUCUCCAGAAAGUUCAUGCUCACUGAACACCAGAGAAUACAUACUGGAGAAAAACCUUAUGAAUGCUCUGAAUGUGGCAAAGCCUUUCUCAAGAAAUCACGGCUCAGUAUACAUCAGAAAACACACACAGGAGAGAAACCCUAUAUAUGCAGUGAAUGUGGGAAAGGCUUCAUCCAGAAGGGAAAUCUCAUUGUACAUCAGCGCAUCCAUACUGGAGAGAAACCUUACAUAUGCAGCGAGUGUGGGAAAGGCUUCAUCCAGAAGACAUGCCUGAUAGCGCAUCAAAGAUUUCACACAGGAAAGACUCCCUUUGUGUGCAGUGAAUGUGGAAAAUCCUGUUCCCAGAAGUCAGGUCUCAUUAGACAUCAAAGAAUCCACACGGGAGAGAAACCCUUUGAAUGCAGUGAAUGUGGGAAAGCCUUUACCACAAAGCAAAAGCUCAUGGUCCAUCAAAGAACUCACACGGGCGAGAGACCCUAUAUCUGCAGUGAGUGUGGGAAAGCUUUUGCCUACAUGCCUUGCCUUGUUAAACAUAAGAGAAUACACACAAGAGAGAAAUGUGGAGACUCAGUCAAAGUGGAAAAUACUGCCUCAGGGAAUCACGGCUUAUCACAGACUGGUGGUGCCACGCAGGGGAAAGACCUUGUCAAUACCGUGACUGUGCAGGUGCCUUCUGUGGCUUCUCAGACGUCACUAAACAUCAGUGGGCUCUUAGCAAAUAGGAAUGUAGUCAUAGUGGGACAGCCUGCAGCCAGAUGUGCGCCCUCAGGAGACAACAGAGGAUUUGCACAGGAUGGAAACCUCAUGAAUGCAGUGAAUGUGGUCGUGCCUUCCGUAGUCAAUUAUGUCUUAUUUUAUGUCGCAGAAAACCAGUAGGAGAAAGCAGAGAAGGGUUGAGCAAACAUUUCUAGGUCAUAUUAUAUCUGAAAAGUAUAUACUGCGAGGGAUGGUUACGAAUCCUGAACAUGGGGAAGUUUGAGCUCAUCCUAUUAAAAAUAUGCCUUGAAACAGAGGCAUAAUCUGAUGUCAACCCAAAUACAUACGCCUCGGUUGCUGUGUGUGUCUGUCAAAGGAAGGAAUAUUGAGUUCAGUAAGUGCAGGAAAUAAGUUCAAUCAGGACUAACCUUGGGUGGGCGGGAUAUGGGGCAUGUGUAUAUCAAUUCAGUUUCUGCAGGCCAAUGGGAAGGAGUAAUUGGAAACUGGGAUGUCUGCUGUGAACUCUUAGAAGGUUAUUUUAUACAGAGGUACUUACGGAACAGCAGCCUUAGAAUGAGUCAGCUCAUUCAUUUACUGAGUACUUGUUAAAUACUCCCUUUGUACUGGGUCCUGUUUGAGGUGAGGAUUCAGUGGUGACCAAAACAGAAAAAGGCCAUGGUCUCCUGGGAGAGAGCACUGAGGUCCUGGAUUAUCUUUAAGUGGUACAUUUACACCAGCUAAUGUAGAAAGAGGAUGUAAAUAUCUAUUCUACGUGAAAUAGAUACCGUCUUGGUUCAUUCUGGUGGCUGUAAGAGCAUUCUGUAGCCUGGAUGGCUUAUAAAAAGAGAAAUUUAUUUAAAAGAAAAAGAAGUGUGGAGUUCCUACAGAAUGAAAGGUUCAGAAUGUUCUAAAUUACACACGAGAAGUCUUGAAUAAGUAAUGAAAGGAAAAGUUAUUUCUGUUUUGGAAGCUGCAAGGUCAAAGAUAAAAGUGGUGGGAGAUUUGGUGUCUGCUGAAGGUCUGCUUCCUGGCUCAGGGAAGGCAGUCAUCUCACUGUCCUCACACAGGGGAAGGGGAGAGCCAUUCUCUGGGAUGUCCUACCAGGGCACUAAUCCCAUUUGCGUAUGUUCUACUAUCAUGACCUAAUCACCUCUCAAGGCCCCACUUCUUAUUACCAUCAUAUCUGGGAUUAGGAUUCAAUACAUGAAUUUGGGGGAGGGGACACAAACAGUCCAGAGACGAUAAUGGAGUAUGGAAGUCCCCUUAUGUGUGGGGUAUAUGUUCUAAGAUCCCCCAGUGGAUGCCUGAAGCUAGGCAAGCACUGAACCCUAUCCUAUAUACAGUAUGUUUUUUCUUAUACAGGCACACCUCUGGUGAAGUCGAAUUUAUAAAUUAAUCAUAGUAAGAAUUAACACCAAAACCAAUAAUAAAAUAGAACGAGUAUAACAAUACCCUGUAAUAAAAGUUAUGUGAAUGUGGUCUUUCUCAAAACA